AUGCCGGGCGGGGCAGGACCCUGCGCGGCCGUGUCCGUGUUCCCUGGCGCCCGUCUCCUCACUAUUGGCGACGCGAACGGCGAGAUCCAGCGGCACGCGGAGCAGCAGGCGCUGCGCCUCGAGGUGCGCGCCGGCCCGGACGCAGCGAGCAUCGCUCUUUACAGCCAUGAAGAUGUGUGUGUGUUUAAGUGCUCGGUGUCUCGAGAGACAGAGUGCAGCCGGGUGGGCAAGCAGUCCUUCAUCAUCACCCUGGGCUGCAACAGCGUGCUCAUCCAGUUUGCCACGCCCAAUGAUUUCUGUUCCUUCUACAACAUCUUGAAAACCUGCCGGGGCCACACCCUGGAGCGAUCCGUGUUCAGCGAGCGGACGGAGGAAUCCUCUGCAGUGCAGUACUUCCAGUUUUAUGGCUACCUGUCACAGCAGCAGAACAUGAUGCAGGACUAUGUGCGGACAGGCACCUACCAGCGUGCGAUCCUACAGAAUCACACUGACUUCAAAGACAAGAUUGUUCUUGAUGUUGGCUGUGGUUCUGGGAUCCUCUCGUUUUUCGCCGCCCAAGCUGGAGCAAGGAAGAUCUAUGCGGUGGAGGCCAGCACCAUGGCCCAGCAUGCGGAGGUCUUGGUGAAGAGUAAUAACCUCACCGACCGUAUCGUGGUCGUCCCUGGGAAGGUGGAGGAGGUCUCACUUCCCGAGCAGGUGGACAUCAUCAUCUCAGAGCCCAUGGGCUACAUGCUCUUCAAUGAACGCAUGCUGGAGAGCUACCUCCAUGCCAAGAAGUACCUGAAGCCCAGCGGAAACAUGUUCCCUACCAUUGGUGAUGUCCACCUCGCACCCUUCACGGAUGAACAGCUCUACAUGGAACAGUUUACCAAGGCCAACUUCUGGUACCAGCCAUCCUUCCAUGGAGUGGACCUGUCAGCCCUCCGAGGUGCCGCUGUGGACGAGUAUUUCCGGCAGCCUGUGGUGGACACAUUUGACAUCCGAAUCCUGAUGGCCAAGUCUGUCAAGUACACGGUGAACUUCUUAGAAGCCAAAGAAGGAGAUUUGCAUAGGAUAGAAAUCCCAUUCAAAUUCCACAUGCUGCAUUCAGGGCUGGUUCACGGUCUGGCUUUCUGGUUUGACGUUGCUUUCAUCGGCUCCAUAAUGACCGUGUGGCUGUCCACGGCACCAACGGAGCCUCUGACUCACUGGUACCAGGUACGGUGCCUGUUCCAGUCACCACUGUUCGCCAAGGCCGGGGACACGCUCUCAGGGACAUGUCUACUUAUUGCCAACAAAAGACAAAGCUACGACAUCAGUAUUGUGGCCCAGGUAGACCAGACGGGCUCCAAAUCCAGUAACCUCCUGGAUCUGAAAAACCCCUUCUUCAGAUACACGGGCACGACACCCUCGCCCCCACCUGGCUCCCACUACACGUCUCCCUCAGAGAACAUGUGGAAUACGGGCAGUACCUACAACCUCAGCAGUGGGAUGGCUGUGGCUGGGAUGCCGACUGCCUAUGACCUGAGCAGUGUUAUUGCUGGUGGCUCCAGUGUGGGCCACAACAACCUGAUUCCUUUAGCCAACACGGGGAUUGUCAAUCACACCCACUCCCGGAUGGGCUCCAUAAUGAGCACGGGGAUUGUCCAAGGGUCCUCUGGCGCCCAGGGCAGCAGUGGCAGUGGCUCAAGUGCCCACUACGCAGUCAACAGCCAGUUCACCAUGGGCGGCCCUGCCAUCUCCAUGGCCUCGCCCAUGUCCAUCCCCACCAACACCAUGCACUACGGGAGCUAG